UACUGAGUUGCCAUCGCACCAAAUGGUCAGUGCUAGCUAGCUCAACCGCAGCAGUGCAAAGGAAACGUUACAACAACCAACCCUAACGGGCCUUUCCUUCCACUGCACUGCAUUUGCGAGCUACCUGAUAAACCAAGUGUACCUAGUGGCUACUGGCUGGACACUUGAGAUGCUAGCAGUGUCGCCGGUGAGGUGUGCCGAUGUGGAGGAGUGCCGCGGAGGUGCCGGCAUGGAGAUGGAGGAGAUUGGGCCGGUGUCGGACCUGGAUUUCGACUUCACGGUCGAUGACAUAGACUUCGGGGACUUCUUCCUCAGGCUAGAAGAUGGAGAUGCCCUGCCGGACCUUGAAGUCGACCCUGGCGAGAUCUUCACUGACUUCGAGGGAAUCGCCACCGGAAGCGAUGGUGCCAUGGACCAGGAGGUGCACAGCGUCCAGCCCUUAGCAGAGAAUACGACCCGCGUCGAUGUGGAAGAAGGGAAAGGAGAAUGCAACCAUGCUGAGGAGGUGGUAGCCGGGAAUAAUGGUGACUUUGGGGGCGGCAGUGUAACCGUCUUGGCUGAGGAGAAGUCGCCGUCUUCUACGACAUCAUCAUCGCAGGAGGCUGAUAGCCGGUACAAGUCGACCAGCAAGCACUCACAAGGGAAGAAGAAAGCAAAGGUGGAUUGGACGCCGGAGCUCCACCGGAGAUUUGUUCAAGCGGUAGAGCAGCUGGGCAUUGACAAGGCAGUGCCGUCCAGGAUACUCGAGAUCAUGGGGAUCGACUCCCUCACGCGGCAUAAUAUAGCGAGUCAUUUGCAGAAGUACCGGUCUCACAGGAAGCACAUGCUUGCAAGGGAGGCGGAGGCAGCGAGCUGGACCCAGCGGCGGCAGAUGUACGCUGCCGGGGGAGCCCCUGCCGCUGUGAAGAGACCCGAUUCCAACGCAUGGACUGUCCCAACCAUCGGCUUCCCUCCUCCUCCUCCGCUAGCUCCUCAUCCGAUGCAGCACUUCGGAAGGCCGUUGCACGUCUGGGGCCACCCAACCCCUGGGGUGGAGUCGCCCCGCGUGCCAAUGUGGCCACGGCACCUCGUCCCGCGCGCCCCGACGCCGCCGUGGGCUCCUCCACCACCGUCUGACCCGGCGUUCUGGCACCACCCUUACAUGAGGGGGCCUUCACAUAUGCCGGGGCAGGUGGCUCCCUGCGUGGCAGUGCCAAUGCCAGCCGCGCGAUUUCCUGCUCCACCGGUGAGGGGUGUUUUGCCAUGUCCACCUCCAAUGUACAGACCUCUCGUUCCUCCAGCACUAGGAAGCAAGAGUCAGCAAGAUACGCAGCUCCAGCUACAGAUACAGCCAUCAAGUGAGAGCAUAGACGCAGCGAUCGGUGAUGUUUUAUCGAAACCAUGGCUGCCACUGCCCCUUGGCCUGAAGCCACCUUCAGUAGACAGUGUCAUGGGCGAGUUGCAGAGGCAAGGUGUAGCAGAUGUUCCUCCGGCUUGUGGAUGAUCUCUACGAGAUUGAUGAGUCCUCCAUCAUAGCUGCUCGUCCUCCAACAAAAAUAAUUCGUCGACAUGUCUUUUUUUUCAUUUUCACGAACCAUCUAUGGAGUAUGGACAACUCUCUUAACUUGUGCAGUGUUAGGAAAAAAGACUAGAGUCUUUCACCUUCGUGAGGAACUAAUUAACCAGAGGACAUCCAUGUGACCAUGUAUGAUGUGCUGUUUGUCAGAAUAACGAAGUCCUGAACCGAAUCAAUUGUACCUCUGA